AUGCCUCAGAACGAGUAUAUCGAACGCUGGACUAAGCAACACGGCAAGCGACUCGACAACGAUGAGCGCGUCCGCAAGCGGGAGGCAAGAGAAGGCCACUCCCAGUCCGAAAAGGCCCAAAAUCUACGCGGGCUGAGAGCCAAACUGCACCAGAAGAAGCGCCAUGCCGAGAAGAUACAGAUGCGGAAGGCCAUCAAGGCGCAAGAAGAACGAGAUGUCCAAUCUGCGGCACCGAACGAGCCCUCCUCGACACCUCUGCCCAAUUACCUGCUCGAUCGAUCACAGGCGAACAAUGCAAAGGCCUUGUCGAGUGCAAUCAAGAAUAAACGGGCUGAGAAGGCGGCCAAGUUCUCCGUGCCGUUGCCGAAAGUCAAGGGCAUAAGCGAGGAGGAGAUGUUCAAGGUGGUUAAGACCGGCAAGAAGACUGCGAAGAAGAGUUGGAAGCGAAUGAUCACACAACCCACGUUCGUGGGACCCGAUUUCACGAGACGACCUGUCAAGUACGAGCGAUUCAUUCGGCCUAUGGGUCUGCGGUACAAAAAGGCCAAUGUCACUCAUCCGGAGUUGGGAGUCACGGUGCAAUUGCCCAUAAUAAGUGUGAAGAAGAAUCCACAAAAUCCACUAUACACGCAACUGGGUGUGUUGACCAAGGGUACGGUUAUUGAGGUCAAUGUUUCGGAGCUUGGGCUGGUGACCACCGGUGGCAAGGUCGUCUGGGGAAAAUAUGCUCAGGUCACCAACGACCCGAGUCGGGACGGUUGUCUGAAUGCUGUUCUCUUAGUUUGA